AUGGACCAACAACCUAACGCCUCCGGUCCUUCUUCCUCUUCUCCUUCUUCCCGUUCUGCCCCUGCGGAAGAGCCGGAGUACCUCGCGCGCUACUUAGUCGUGAAACACUCGUGGCGCGGCCGCUACAAGCGGAUUCUCUGCCUCUCGAGCGCCGCGAUCGUCACCUUGGACCCGUCCACGCUCGCCGUCACGAACUCGUACGACGUGUCGUCGGAUUUCGACACCGCCGCGCCGAUCAUCGGCCGCGACGAGAGCUCCAGUGAGUUCAAUUUGAGUGUGAGGACUGACGGCAGAGGGAAGUUUAAGUCGGUGAAGUUCUCGUCGAGGUAUAGGGCGAGCAUACUGACGGAGCUGCACAGGAUAAGGGGCAGUCGGCUGGGGGUAGUUGCGGAAUUUCCAGUGCUUCAUCUCCGGCGCCGGAAUGCCGAGUGGGUUGCUUAUAAACUAAAAAUUACUUAUGUUGGGGUUGAACUUGUUGAUUUAAAAUGCGGAGACCUUCGCUGGUGCUUGGAUUUUAGAGAUUUUGAUUCCCAUGCCAUUAUUUCUCUUUCUGACGCUUAUGGGAAGAAAGGCAUUGAAGGAGGUUUUAUUCUUUGUCCUUCAUAUGGAAGAAAAUCAAAAGCUUUUCAAGCUGCUUCUGGAACGACAAAUUCUGCCAUCAUUGCUAAUUUGACUAAAACAGCAAAAUCUAUGGUCGGGUUGUCACUAACUGUGGAAACUUCUCAGUCUCUCACUGUAGCAGAGUAUAUAAAGCGAAGGGCAAAAGAAGCAGUUGGAGCAGCUGAAACUCCAUGUGGUGGUUGGUCUGUGACAAGAUUGCGCUCUGCUGCUCGUGGGACUCUAAAUGUUCCAGGAUUGAAUUUGAGUGUUGGCCCAAAAGGUGGACUUGGGGAGCAUGGUGAUGCUGUAUCUCGUCAACUGAUUCUUACAAAAGUUUCACUGGUUGAAAGACGGCCAGAGAACUAUGAAGCUGUUAUCGUUCGACCCUUAUCUGCAGUAAAUGCCCUUGUUCGAUUUACUGAGGAGCCGCAGAUGUUUGCAAUUGAGUUCAAUGAUGGAUGCCCCAUCCAUGUAUAUGCAAGCACCUCUCGUGAUAGCUUACUUGCGGCAGUUCGUGAUUUGUUGCAAACAGAAAGGCAAUGUGCUGUGACUGUGUUACCAAGACUGACGAUGCCUGGCCAUCGCAUUGAUCCACCUUGUGGGAGAGUUAAUUUUGGAAUUCAACGGCCUAUUGCAGAUAUGGAGAGUGCAUCCAUGCAUUUGAAGCACUUAGCAGCAGCUGCGAAAGAUGCAGUUGCUGAAGGUGGUUCCAUUCCGGGAUCAAGAGCUAAGCUCUGGCGAAGAAUAAGAGAGUUCAAUGCAUGUAUACCGUAUAAUGGUGUCCCUCCUAACAUAGAAGUGCCUGAGGUGACAUUGAUGGCUUUAAUAACAAUGCUUCCAGCUACGCCAAAUCUUCCUCCAGAGUCCCCUCCUUUGCCACCCCCUUCCCCUAAAGCAGCUGCAACAGUCAUGGGCUUUAUUGCUUGUUUACGUAGAUUAUUAGCUUCAAGAACUGCUGCUUCACAUGUCAUGUCUUUUCCUGCUGCUGUUGGAAGAAUAAUGGGCUUACUCCGAAAUGGUUCAGAGGGUGUCGCCGCUGAAGCUGCAGGCCUUAUUGCAGUUCUUAUUGGUGGUGGCCCUGGGGAUACAAAUAUAUUGACAGAUUCUAAAGGUGAGCAGCAUGCCACAAUCAUGCACACAAAGUCAGUGUUGUUUGCUCAACAAGGUUAUGUCAUUAUACUUGCCAAUAGACUGAAACCUAUGUCUGUAUCACCACUGUUAUCAAUGGCCGUUGUUGAGGUUCUUGAGGCAAUGAUAUGUGAUCCACAUGGUGAGACAACACAGUACCCAGUGUUUGUUGAACUAUUACGCCAAGUAGCUGGUUUGAAGCGUCGUCUGUUUGCGUUGUUUGGACAUCCUGCUGAGAGUGUUCGGGAAACAGUGGCUGUGAUUAUGCGUACAAUUGCUGAAGAAGAUGCAAUUGCAGCAGAGUCCAUGCGUGAUGCUGCAUUGCGUGAUGGUGCUUUGUUGAGACAUUUAUUGCAUGCAUUCUUCCUUCCAGCUGGGGAGCGACGUGAAGUUAGUCGACAGCUUGUUGCUCUUUGGGCAGAUUCUUAUCAACCCGCUCUAGAUUUAUUGUCUAGAGUUCUGCCACCUGGACUUGUUGCUUAUUUGCACACAAAAUCUGAUGGAGUUCUAUCAGAAGAUUCUAAUCAAGAAGUUUCCUUGACCAGUAGAAGACAGAGACGCUUAUUUCAACAGAGGAGAGGUCGUACUGGAAGAGGAGCAACGUCCCAGGAACAUUCCUUGCCUUCUGCAAACAAUUAUGAUGUGAAUGACCUCAUGACACAGACAAGUAGUGAUGUCUCAAAAGUGUCUGACAACUAUCAAAGAUCUGCAAUGGAUCCAAAUUCUGGACAGGCUUCGACCAUUCAAUCUUCUGGUGCUAAGACUGGUGAAAACUUGACCAGUGAAGUAUCUUCUACUGGGGCUCCACAAAGCAAUUAUACAUCUUCUGUGGCUUCAGCUGAUGCUCAGUCAACAGGUGGUCAUGCUUCAUUUGCAGCAAAUACUGCAAUCUCAACAGAUUCUGACUCCAAUGUUGCCGGUUCACAGAAUUUGGGUCUCCCAGCCCCUGCUCAGGUUGUAGUGGAAAACACUCCUGUGGGAUCUGGCAGGCUUCUGUGUAAUUGGCCUGAAUUCUGGCGAGCAUUUAGCCUUGAUCAUAAUCGUGCAGAUUUGAUCUGGAAUGAGCGUACCAGGCAAGAGUUAAGGGAGGCCUUGCAGGCUGAGGUUCAUAAGUUAGAUGUUGAGAAGGAGCGCACAGAAGAUAUUGUACCUAGAGGUUCGACAGUAGAUAUGACUGGCCAAGAUAGUGUGCCACAGAUAUCUUGGAACUACUCUGAGUUCUCUGUCAGAUAUCCUAGUUUGUCUAAAGAAGUUUGUGUGGGUCAGUAUUAUCUGCGCUUGCUGCUUGAGAGUGGCAGUGGUGGCAGGGCACAAGAAUUUCCACUGCGUGAUCCUGUUGCCUUCUUUAGGGCACUCUAUCAUCGUUUCCUAUGCGAUGCAGACAUUGGGCUUACAGUGGACGGUGCUGUUCCAGAUGAAAUGGGUGCAUCUGAUGAUUGGUGUGACAUGGGAAGACUAGAUGGUUUUGGUGGUGGAGGUGGAUUUUCAGUCAGGGAGCUUUGUGCAAGAGCAAUGACAAUUGUAUAUGAACAGCAUUACAAAACAGUAGGUCCCUUUGAAGGUACUGCUCACAUUACAGUUCUGUUGGACAGGACAGAUGAUAGGGCUUUGAGGCACCGCCUUCUAUUACUCUUGAAGGCGUUAAUGAAGGUGUUAUCAAACGUGGAGGCUUGUGUCUUGGUUGGAGGAUGUGUGCUAGGUGUUGACAUGCUGACAGCUGUUCAUGAAGCUUCUGAAAGGACAGCUAUUCCUUUGCAAUCCAAUUUGAUUGCUGCUACUGCCUUCAUGGAACCACUCAAGGAAUGGAUGUUUUUUGACAAGGAAGGAGCACAGGUCGGUCCUGUUGAAAAGGACGCCAUAAGAAGAUUUUGGUCCAAGAAGGCAAUUGAUUGGACAACAAAGUGCUGGGCUUCUGGGAUGCUAGACUGGAAGAGACUACGUGAUAUUCGUGAACUUCGUUGGGCGCUAGCUGUUCGAGUUCCUGUUCUAACGCCAGCUCAGGUCGGGGAGGCGGCAUUGUCCAUAUUGCACAGCAUGGUAUCUGCACAUUCUGAUUUAGACGAUGCUGGAGAAAUAGUUACCCCAACUCCUAGAGUAAAAAGGAUAUUGUCAAGUCCGCGUUGUCUUCCGCAUAUUGCUCAGGCCAUGCUUUCUGGUGAACCAAGUAUUGUAGAGAGUGCUGCUGCAUUACUGAAGGCUGUUGUUACCAGAAAUCCCAUGGCCAUGAUUCGUCUAUACAGUACAGGCGCAUUUUAUUUUUCCCUGGCAUAUCCGGGAUCAAAUCUCCUUUCAAUUGCCCAACUUUUUUCAGUGACUCAUGUUCACCAAGCAUUUCAUGGUGGUGAAGAUGCUGCAGUUUCCUCUUCCUUACCUCUGGCAAAACGCAGUGUAUUGGGUGGGCUUCUCCCUGAAUCUUUGCUGUAUGUAUUAGAGCGUAGUGGUCCAGGUGCAUUUGCAGCUGCAAUGGUAUCUGAUUCCGAUACCCCAGAGAUUAUAUGGACUCACAAAAUGCGAGCAGAAAAUCUGAUACGUCAGGUUUUGCAGCAUCUUGGUGACUUUCCCCAGAAAUUGUCACAGCACUGCCAUUGUCUGUAUGAGUAUGCUCCUAUGCCGCCAGUGACAUACCCAGAGUUAAGAGAUGAAAUGUGGUGUCACCGUUAUUACCUCCGGAACUUAUGUGAUGAGAUUAGAUUUCCAAAUUGGCCAAUUGUUGAACAUGUUGAGUUUCUACAAUCCUUACUGGUAAUGUGGCGUGAGGAGCUUACAAGAAGACCGAUGGACCUAUCUGAGGAAGAAGCUUGUAAAAUAUUAGAGAUUUCCUUGGAAGAUGUGUCAAAUGACGAUGCCAAUAUCAAGAACUCUAUUGAGAUGGGUGAGGAUACUUCUAGCAUAAGCAAGCAGAUUGAGAAUAUAGAUGAAGAAAAGCUAAAGCGACAAUAUAGGAAACUUGCCAUGAGAUACCAUCCAGACAAAAAUCCUGAAGGAAGGGAUAAGUUUCUUGCUGUGCAGAAAGCUUACGAGCGCUUGCAGGCCACUAUGCAAGGCUUGCAAGGCCCUCAAGCUUGGCGGUUGUUGCUUUUAUUGAAAGGGCAAUGCAUCUUGUACAGAAGAUAUGGAGAUAUAUUGGAACCAUUUAAAUAUGCUGGUUAUCCAAUGUUGCUCAAUGCAGUUACUGUGGACAAGGAUGAUAACAAUUUUCUCUCCUUGGAGAGAGCACCUCUCCUUGUUGCAGCAUCAGAGCUUAUUUGGCUGACGUGUGCAUCUUCUUCAUUGAAUGGUGAAGAGCUUGUGAGGGAUGGUGGCAUACAACUUCUUGCAAAUCUCCUUUCCCGUUGCAUGUGUGUAGUUCAGCCAACUACUUCUGCAAAUGAACCGUCCGCCAUAAUUGUUACUAAUGUUAUGCGCACCUUCUGUGUUUUGAGUCAAUUUGAGAGUGCCUGGGCUGAGAUACUUGAAUACUCUGGAUUAGUUGAUGAUAUUGUGCACUGCACUGAGCUUGAGCUUGUACCUGCUGCUGUAGAUGCUGCUCUCCAAACUAUUGCCCAUGUUUCUGUGUCUACUGAACUACAAGAUGCCUUGCUUAAAGCUGGUGUCUUAUGGUACCUUUUGCCAGUGCUGCUUCAGUAUGACUCUACUGCAGAUGAAUCUGAUACAACAGAAUCACAUGGUGUUGGUGCUAGUGUACAGAUUGCAAAAAAUAUGCAUGCUGUACGUGCAUCGCAGGCGCUGUCAAGGCUUAGUGGUUUGUGUAGUAAUGAGAGUUCAACACCAUAUAAUCAGAAUGCAGCUGAUGCCCUUAGAGCUUUGUUGACUCCAAAACUUGCAAGUAUGUUAAAAGAUCAAGCUCCUAAGGACCUACUGUCGAAAUUAAACAAUAACUUGGAGUCCCCAGAGAUUAUCUGGAACUCUUCUACCCGAGCAGAACUACUGAAGUUUGUGGAUGAGCAACGUGCAAGUCAGGGUCCAGACGGCUCAUAUGACCUGAAAGAUUCGCAUACCUUUGUGUACAAGGCAUUGUCAAAAGAACUCUAUGUUGGCAAUGUUUACUUGAGGGUGUAUAACGAUCAGCCGGAUUUUGAAAUCAGUGAACAAGAGGCUUUCUGUGUUGCCUUAAUUGAUUUUAUAUCAUAUCUAGUACACAAUCAAUGUGCUCUAGACUCGGAAGUUCAGAAUGAGCAAAAGCAGGAUGGCUCAUCCCUUGAAACAUCUGAGCAUCCUAGUGAUAUAGCUAUUGGAUCAGUGGAUGAACAUAGUCCCCCAGUUGAAGAUUUGGCCGUAUCCAACAGCAAAGUGGCAGAGACAGAAGAGUUUAAAGUGGUCAAGAACCUCAAGUUUGCAUUGAAUUCACUGAAGAACAUACUGACAAGCAGUCCGAAUUUGGCAUCAAUUUUUUCUACUAAAGACAAGCUAUUGCCUCUUUUUGAAUGCUUCUCUGUGCCUGUUGCAUCAGAAAGCAACAUACCUCAACUUUGCCUGAGUGUGUUAUCACUCUUGACUACAUAUGCUCCCUGCUUGGAAGCUAUGGUUGCAGAUGGAUCUAGUCUUCUCCUUUUAUUGCAAAUGCUUCACUCUGCCCCAAGUUGUCGUGAGGGGGUUCUUCAUGUUCUAUACGCUCUGGCAAGCACACCAGAGUUGGCUUGGGCAGCUGCCAAGCAUGGGGGAGUGGUCUACAUUCUUGAGCUUCUUUUGCCUUUGCAAGAAGAAAUUUCCUUGCAGCAAAGAGCAGCUGCAGCCUCUUUGUUGGGAAAGCUUGUUGGGCAGCCAAUGCAUGGGCCGAGAGUUGCUAUAACGCUAGCAAGGUUUCUUCCUGAUGGCUUGGUAUCAGUUAUUAGGGAUGGACCUGGUGAAGCUGUUGUAGUUGCCCUUGAACAGACUACUGAGACUCCAGAACUUGUAUGGACACCAGCGAUGGCCACUUCUCUAUCCGCCCAAAUUGCAACGAUGGCAGCAGAUCUAUACCAAGAACAAAUGAAAGGCCGUGUUGUUGACUGGGACGUACCUGAGCAGGCAUCUGGGCAGCAAGAAAUGAGAGAUGAGCCCCAGGUUGGUGGAAUCUACAUUAGGUUAUUCUUAAAAGAUCCUAAGUUCCCUCUCAGAAAUCCGAAGAGGUUCUUGGAAGGACUGCUAGACCAGUAUUUGACAUCCAUUGCCGCCACACAUUAUGAAUCACAAGCAGUCGACCCUGAACUUCCUUUGCUUCUGUCUGCUGCUUUGGUUUCAUUACUGCGAGUACAUCCUGCCCUUGCAGAUCAUGUUGGAUAUCUUGGUUAUGUGCCCAAACUUGUGGCUGCUGUGGCUUAUGAAGGAAGACGAGAAACAAUGGCAACGGGGGAGGUGAACAAUGGAAACUAUGUAGAUAGAGCAGAAGAGUCUGAUGAUGGAUCCACACAGCCUACCCAAACUCCCCAAGAACGUGUGCGCCUCAGUUGUCUGCGUGUUCUACAUCAACUGGCAGCUAGCACCAUAUGCGCUGAAGCUAUGGCAGCAACUAGUGUAGGAACACCUCAGGUCGUUCCUCUUCUAAUGAAAGCUAUAGGAUGGCAAGGUGGAAGCAUACUAGCUCUGGAGACACUAAAGCGUGUUGUUGUUGCUGGAAACCGAGCUAGGGAUGCACUAGUUGCACAAGGACUUAAGGUUGGCCUUGUUGAAGUACUUCUUGGCCUUCUUGAUUGGAGAGCUGGGGGAAGGAAUGGACUUUGCUCUCAGAUGAAGUGGAAUGAGUCUGAAGCAUCUAUUGGCAGAGUGCUAGCAAUUGAGGUUUUGCAUGCAUUCGCGACGGAGGGAGCCCACUGUACUAAAGUACGGGACUUGUUGAAUUCCUCAGAUGUUUGGAGUGCUUACAAAGAUCAGAAACAUGAUCUUUUCCUUCCUUCAAGUGCUCAAUCUGCUGCUGCUGGAGUUGCUGGGCUAAUCGAAAGUUCAUCAUCAAGACUCACUCAUGCCAUUACAGCUCCUCCACCACAACCUUCUACAUCGAGACCUCCUGCUUCAACUAUAUAUGAAUCAAAUGGAAAACAAGAUCAGCUAUAAUAGUGUUUCCAAGAUAUACUCAAAGGACUCAUACAUUUCUGUAUAGCACACACUGUAUAGUUCUUUCAGUUUUUCCCUGUAUACUUAAACUCUACCGAGUGUAGACAACUGGUAGCUUUUGCAAUUUUCUCGAAAUGUUGAGGGACGGAGAAUUAUGCCGUUUUUCCCUGUAAAGAGGGAAACCCCACUUGUAUAUUGAGUCGAGUUAGUUCCUGAUUUUCUCUCAUUUUCUCUCCAAGUAGUUUGGUGUAAUUUACUUUCGAUUGUAAUCCGCUUGCAGUAAUAUUCGUUUGUUUUUCUC